AUGCAAGCGGGUGAGCCUGGUGUGCCGCUGGUUGUCGCAGGUUCACACAGCCGCUCAGAAGACGAAGAAUCGCUUGUUAUCAAAGAUGUGAAAAGGACAGCCACGCAAGCUUUUGGCAGCGGUGUUCCCAAACGCCGAAGUUCAUCCAGGUCAAUAAAGAGAAAGAAGUUUGACGAUGAGCUGGUCGAAAGCAGCCUUGUCAAAUCAUCAAGCAGAGUUAAAGGUACUCCACUUAUGGAGCCCUUACGCUGCUCAGGUAGUGAGCCUUCAUCCAGCGAGAAAAAAAAGCUGUCAAAAUCCGGACCUACUUUGAUGCCACCUCUCGCGAUGCUGAUGCAUCCUACGCCGAUGGCCAAAAGAGUGAAGAAAAAUAAACAGGCGCUACACAUCACGAAAGACUUAGGCCGCUGGAAGCCUACCGAUGACCUGCUUCUUAUUAAUGCAGUGCUGCAGACCACAGACCUCACAUCUGUUCAUCUGGGAGUCAAGUUCAGCUGUCGUUUCACAUUACGGGAAAUUAAAGAGCGGUGGUACGCUCUCCUCUAUGAUCCUGUCAUCUCAAAACUUGCUUGGCAAGCAAUGCGGCAGCUUCAUCCUGAAGCUGUAGCGGCGAUACAGAGCAAAGCUCUCUUCAGCCAGGCUGAAGAAGUGCUACUAUCCAAAAUUGGUUCGACGAGUCAGCCCAAACUGGACGUAUUCCAGGAGCUUUUGAGUAAGCAUCCAAGUGUCUUUCACCAAUCUCGCACCCCCAAAAGUCUGCUGGUCCACUGGCAACUUUUGAAGCAGUACUACCUUCUGGAUGACCAGAGCGUCCAACCACUCCCAAAGGGGGAUCAAGUCCUAAACUUCUCUGAUGCUGAGCAGAUUGUUGAUGAGGUCAAGUUAAAGGAGACCAGAGACGAAGUGUUGGAACACGAAUUAAUGAUAUCUGACCGGCACCAAAAAAGAGAAAUCAGGCAGUUGGAGCAAGAGUUACCUCGCUGGCAGGUUCUUGUGGACAGUAUCACAGGGAUGAGCAUGCCUGACUUUGACAACCAGACAUUGGCCGCUCUACGUGGGCGUAUGGUACGCUACCUCAUGAGAUCACGAGAGAUUACCCUUGGCCGGGCAACCAAAGAUAAACAGAUAGAUGUUGAUCUGUCAUUAGAGGGUCCCGCCUGGAAAAUAUCAAGAAAACAAGGAAUCAUUAAACUGAAGAAUAACGGUGAUUUCUUCAUCGCUAACGAGGGAAGACGGCCCAUCUACAUUGAUGGCAGACCCGUCCUGUCGGGCAACAAGUGGAAACUAAAUAACAACUCAGUGGUGGAGAUCGCAGGACUUCGCUUUGUGUUUCUAAUAAACCUGGAACUCAUCUCUCUCAUCAAAGCCGAGGCAGCCAAGAUGACGCAACAGUGA